AUGGACUCGUCACCUCUAUAUUCUUCUAGUUUUGUUGGCCCAUCUAGAAUAAAAACUAUUGUCGUUCCUAUUGGUAAUUGGAAAGCCCCACAGUUCAAGCAAACAUUAACCAAGUUACAAAAUUAUAAUGAAAUUCGAUUAUUGGAUAUAACACCUAUCGACAGUCCACUUUUCAACCCUCAAGGGUUUCCUAAUGGUAGACUGUAUUUAGAUUUUUUAACAUCGCCAACAGACGUAAACAAUCCGCUCGAUUUAUUCUUAUAUGAUUUUGAACCUUUUAGAAAAUCAUUUAUUUUAAUUGCUUUAGUUAAUGAUGAUUCAGACCCUGAAAAGAAUAUUGGGCAAUUAAAACAUAAAUUUCCUACAGUUAUAUCACACAAUUUAAUAUACACAACUAAUGACACCAAUAUUAAUAAAGCAGAGUUGUCAACAUCAUCAACAAAUGUUUUCAAGGGCAAUUUGGAUUUAAAUGGUGUUUCAGAAACGAUUUUGUGUGAUAUCGGUAAGAAUUUUUUAUCAGCACUAACACAUUAUUACUCUUCAUAUAAACACGUUACUUUGAGAUCACCCGGCGCUAUUGGUGGUAAUGCUGUCCUUAAAACAACAUUACUACGGAAUCCUUUAUCAAGUACCGCUAGUUCAACACCAGGAAUGGCUAUUGGCUCUGGAAAUUCUCUCCCAAAUGUUACCUCUAAGAGAAUAUCUACUUUCGAAAUGAGAACAAGUAACUUAAAGAGGUCUGCAUCUUUAAAGCUUGCAAGAUCUUUAACAACUUCUGAUAAUAAAGUUCAGCAAAGAUCACAAGGUAGACAGUUUAAGAUAUUGGGUAACUUUCAAUUAUUGGCGGGCCGUUAUAUUGAUGCUCUAGCAAGUUUUACCGAGGCAGUAUCAUUAUUACACUUAGUUCGUGAUUACAUAUGGCUAGCAUCUGCCUUAGAUGGGAUCGGAAUGUGUUUAUUAUUGCUUUCCUAUUUAGAUAUAUCUUUUCAGCUUCCACAAUUAAUAUUAGGCUUGUGUCCUACAACAACAAGUACCACUGAUAACAACUCAUCUAAUCCUAACAUAUCUACUGGUGAAGCUGUAUUGCUGCCAAGACCAAGUAUGACCAUUCAAUCUCCACGUAACUCAUUGGCAAUGUCGUCAAAUUUAAAUGUAAAUAUUGAUAAUGUGAAUAUACCAAUAUUAAUUCAGUCUAUCAUUGAAAAAGUUUUGCACUAUUAUGAAUUAUCAUUAAAUCACAACACAGAGUACGCACCACAAGAGGUGUAUUGUAGCUUUUUAAUCAAAACGUUAACUUAUAUGACAGUCGGUACCACUGAUUCGGAGUUAUCACACGAAUUACUUAAAAAAGUUAUCAAAGGAUUAAAUCAAACUUCAUCACCCCAUAAUAUUGAUACCAUGAAUGCCAAUAGAUCUUCAUCUAAUACUGUUGAAGAAGAAGAAGCGGAGGAAGAAGCUGAUGAUGAUGAUAACAGCGAUGACAAUAGUAGUGAACUUUCGGUUGAGAUGAAGCCUAGAUCUCCUCCUCUAUUUUCAAAACAAGAUGUCUAUUGUUUUGCAAGUAGAUUAUUUGAAAUUCAAUUAAAAGAAAUGUCAUGUGCAUCUCAAGCUCAGAUUUAUUUACCAUUGGCAGAGAUAUAUGGAGUUUUAGGCUUUCAUAGAAAACGAAAUUUUGUUCUGAGAUUGCUGUUAUGUAUCUUGGCUGCGAAACCAUAUGAGCUAGCAUGGGCUUCGGACUUCAGUGAUUUGUUAAUUGAUAUGGUUAAAUUUUUUGGUAUCGAAGAUUUCCAACCGGAGAAGUCGAUUGCAGAUGCUUCUACAUCUUCUUCUAUGAAUUUUCAUAAAAUUGCUUUGCAGCUAUGUUUAAAUAUAGCAGAAAGGGUAAAUGAUGACCAGUUAUCUUCUAAAUUAAGCACUAUUUUAAUAAAUCGUUAUAACAAUUUAUUAACCAAAGUAGAACAAAUGGAAAUAUUAAAGAAAUGUUUACAACCGUUAAUUAUUAACGAAUCUAUCAAGGAAUAUUGGGAUCCAUUUUUAUUAAGGUCUCUGUCAAUUUAUAGACUGGAGUUUUCUUCUUCUUUAUCUGCCACAUCAUCAACCACAAUACCACAUAAAACUGAAAUUUAUCAAAAGUUAGAUUCAUUGGAGGAAGCAAACGAAGAUAAAUUAACUACGAAAAACGACAACUUGGAAAAUACAAAGAGGAAUGUUUCUUCCUCUCAGAAAGUGUACAACCCUUUCAAACGUGAAAGAGCACAUUCUACUGUCACUGCCAUUACUCCACAACUGUUAGACGGUGAAUUCUUAGUUGGAGAUAGAGCAGAAAUUGCUGUUUCAUUACAAAAUCCAUUUAAAUUUGAAAUAUCUAUUACUGGAAUCCAAGUUGCUGAUGAUCUACUGGACUACUGUGAAAUUGAUAGAACUGAAAUAUCCCUAAAGAAUCCUUAUUAUAUAUCACCGGGGUCUAUUAGCAAAAUUUUAUUGCCAAUCAAACUUAAGAAAAAAACAUCUGAUGAAAUUAUUAUUAUUGAACAUCUGAACAUAUCUGUAUUUGGCUUGCCUAGUAAAUUAUUCAAAAUCGUUAAUGCUGAAAAAAGGAAUGAAACAGAUAAAUCUGAAGUAAAUGAAAGGGCCAAGUGCUCGUAUUUCCGCUUAAAAAUAUUACCAGAGCAGCCAGAGCUUGAAAUUUUGAAAACUACUGAAAUGAUAGAUAAUACCUGGAUGCUAUUGGAUGGGGUUAAAAGAAAGUUUCACGUUACAAUUCGUAAUAAAUCGUUGAAAUCAUCUAUUGAUUACAUAAAUAUUUCCUAUAAUACAAACAUUGAGCAAAACUUAAAAAAUGAUUAUUGGAAGAACCUUUUACCAGAUGAUUUAUAUGAAAAGGAAAAACAAUUAGAAUGGUUGAAAACUUCAUUAUUAUCAUUCAAAGAUAUUCCAAAUAGCUUACAACCAGGUGAGAAAGAUACAGUAGAAAUCGAAUUAGACACUAAAAACGUCCCUCUAAAUUUUAACGAGGUUAAUUUGAUCAUUAAUUAUGGUUCUUAUACUGAAGAUAAGAAAUCGGUAUAUAUGAAAUCAUUAAUUGUCCCCUAUAAAAUAACGGUUAAAAGAAGCAUCGAGGUUUCAAAUAUGGAAAUUAUCCCAAUUAAUCAACCAUUUGCAGAAGAAAUGGAGCAUAUAGACUGGAUUGGAUACUUUAUGAAAAAAAUCAGGGAAAAGAAAGAUGUUCGUAUUAGUGACUAUGUUUUACUUUUAAUUGAUUUAAGGAAUUCAUGGAUAGAUGGAAUCAAAUGUUCAAUGACAUACGAGGAUUUUCAAAGCGAUGAUUAUAUAAUAGAAAAUAACCAUACUACUAGAAUCAUUGUACCAAUAAGAAGAAUUUUCUACCAAGAAAAUAAUUUUGGAAAUAUAGCUAUUCCAAAGGUUUUUCAGGGUAGACAGUUUAUAAGAACAUUUUUGAAUGUUGAGCAAGUGGUAGAUAUGAGAGAGAAAUUCUGGUGUCGAGAAUACAUCAUGAGCAGAUUGAGCUGCCAUUGGCAAUUAUCUUCAAAUGACGACAACUAUGGUAUUGUAAAUUUCAAACAAUUCAUUAGCAAAUUUGACUCCAGAAUGGUAAAUACUAUUUAUAAUGGUAGAUUACCUUUUGACAUUAAGAUUGAUAUUGAUGAAAAUACUGUUACUAUGGGUGACCAAGUUCAAAUUAAAGUUAAAACAAUGCCAAUAAAGAAAAGUUCGACACAUGAUGAAAUAUAUUAUUUAAAUUUUAUUAUAUUUGAUAAUCAUACUCAAAAAAUUAUCCCCAGAAACACCUCACGAUUAUUAUACAAUGGUGUUUUGUCACGUACAUUGACGAUUUCAAAGGAUUAUGAGGGAGAAGCAAUAAACACCCUCUUAGAGCUAAUUCCAAUUGAGAAAGGUGAAUAUGAAAUAAGUGUAUGUAUAUCAGAAGGCCCAAAUAGUGAAAACCUGCUACAAUUUAGUAGCGAAUCUGUCAUAUUUCAAGUAGUAUAA